GGUGUUUGCCCAGAACCAAUCUACAUCACAAAAACGCUAAGCGAACUUGUGAAAACAAACUAUCCGAUCCAGUCUGGCAAUUACAAAAAAUAUAAUUCCAUAAAUCUACCUUAUUCCAUUACCUGAGAAUCAAAAACUUGGGGAAGGAAAUGGCACAAGCAAUGGCUUCAAUGGCUGGCCUACGUGGCAAUUCUCAAGCUGUCCUUGAAGGCAGCCUCCAACUCAGUGGCUCAACUCGGUUGAACGUUGCUAGAAACAUACGGACAGUUAUGGUCAAGCCAAAUUUCACUGUUGUUUCCCAGCAGCAAGCAGAACCUGAAACUAGCCGCCGAGCUGCGCUGGGUCUUGUUGCUGCUGGUUUGGCUUCUGGGUCUUUUGUUCAAGCUGUGCUUGCUGAUGCUAUCCCCAUCAAGGUUGGCCCACCUCCCCCUCCCUCCGGUGGACUGCCUGGAACCCUAAACUCCGAUGAGGCAAGAGAUCUGGAUUUGCCAUUGAAGGAUAGGUUUUUCCUGCAACCACGAACACCAGCUGAGGCAGCUGCAAGGGCCAAGGAAUCAGCUAAGGAAAUCGUGGGAGUGAAGCAAUACAUAGACAAGAAGGCUUGGCCUUAUGUCAUAAAUGAUCUUCGCCUCAGGGCGGAGUAUCUUCGUUAUGACCUGAAGACCGUUAUCGCUGGGAAACCUAAAGAGGAGAAAAAAUCCCUCCAAGAACUCUCUGGAAAGCUCUUUGCAAAUAUUAGUGAGCUGGACCAUGCAGCCAAAAUUAAGAACAGCUCAGAAGCAGAGAAAUAUUAUGCCGAGACUGUAUCUACUCUGAAUGAUGUUAUUGCUAAGAUUGGUUAAGAGAUUUCUGUAUGUACUGUGAUGUAAGCUUUGUUAAUCACUUGUUUUGGAUGCUGUUUGGUUGGAAGGAGUAAAGUGGAUGAGAAAAAUAACUCUCCUAUAUUUUUUUUUUC